AUGGGACAGAAACACCCCCAGUGCUACCUGGCGAGGAUGAACAAACAGAGCCAGCCCGAGCGCAAAGUGUCGGUGGUGGCCCCCUUGGCGGAGCGGCCGGGGCCACGGAAGGACGUGGAGCUGCUGCUGGUGAAGGAGCACAACGGGGUGCAGUACACGGCCAGCACCAUCCUGCCCGCCGCCCCCCGCUACGGCGGCCCGGAGCGAGAGACGUGGGGCAAGAAGAUCGAUUUCCUCCUCUCCGUCAUCGGCUUCGCCGUGGACCUGGCCAACGUCUGGAGGUUCCCCUACCUCUGCUACAAAAAUGGAGGGGGUGCUUUCCUUAUUCCCUACAUCCUCUUCCUAAUCAUUGCUGGGAUGCCCCUCUUCUAUAUGGAAUUAGCCCUGGGACAGUACAACCGAGAAGGAGCUGCCACUGUGUGGAAAAUCUGCCCGGUGUUCAAAGGUGUAGGCUAUGCAGUGAUACUCAUAGCUCUUUACGUGGGUUUCUACUACAACGUUAUCAUAGCUUGGUCUCUGUAUUAUCUAUUUUCAUCGUUCACAUUUGAGCUCCCCUGGACAAACUGCGACAACAGUUGGAACAGCCCAAACUGUACAGAUCCCAAACUCUUCAACGCAUCAGUGCUUGGCAAUGGCACCAAAUACUCAAAGUACAAGCUCACUCCUGCUGCUGAAUUUUAUGAGCGAGGAGUUCUGCACCUGCAUGAAAGCCGUGGAAUCCAUGACCUUGGCUUGCCUCGCUGGCAACUUUCCCUCUGCCUCUUGGUGGUGGUAAUCAUUCUUUUCUUUAGUCUGUGGAAAGGCGUGAAGACUUCAGGAAAGGUUGUGUGGAUAACAGCCACUCUGCCUUAUGUUGUAUUAUUUGUCUUGCUAAUACAUGGAAUAACCCUGCCCGGUGCAUACAACGGAAUAAAUGCAUACCUCCACAUAGAUUUCAGAAGAUUAAAAGAAGCCACAGUGUGGAUUGAUGCAGCUACUCAGAUAUUUUACUCCUUAGGAGCUGGUUUCGGCGUUUUAAUUGCGUUUGCCAGUUACAAUAAGUUUGACAACAACUGCUACAGGGAUGCUUUGCUGACUAGUACUAUUAACUGCGUCACAAGUUUCAUCUCAGGAUUUGCAAUUUUCUCCAUAUUGGGCUACAUGGCUCAUGAGCAUAAAGUUAAAAUUGAGGAUGUAGCCACUGAAGGAGCUGGUUUAGUCUUCAUCCUGUAUCCAGAGGCAAUUUCAACUCUUUCAGGAUCCACGUUUUGGGCUGUGGUAUUCUUCAUCAUGCUCCUUACCCUUGGCAUCGACAGUUCUAUGGGCGGAAUGGAAGCUGUCAUCACUGGCUUGGCAGACGACUUCCAAAUUCUGAAGCAGCACAGAAAGCUCUUCACCUUUGGCGUGUCGUUUGGCACUUUCCUACUUGCCCUUUUUUGCAUUACCAAUGGUGGAAUUUAUGUGCUCACACUGCUGGACACAUUUGCAGCUGGGACGUCCAUAUUGUUUGCUGUUUUAAUGGAGGCAAUUGGAGUUUCCUGGUUUUAUGGUGUGGACAGAUUCAGUGAAGACAUCCAACAAAUGAUGGGCUUCAAGCCAGGCCUCUACUGGAGAUUGUGCUGGAAAUUUGUUAGCCCUGCUUUUCUAUUGUUUGUUGUGAUAGUCAGCAUUAUAAAUUUCAAACCUCUGACCUACGAUGACUACACCUUCCCUCUCUGGGCAAAUCGCAUUGGCUGGGGAAUAGCAUUAUCUUCCAUGAUACUCGUGCCUGCCUAUAUUAUCUAUAAAUUUAUGAAUGUGCGUGGGACCUUUAAAGAAAGACUAGCUUACUGCAUCACACCUGAAAACGAACACCAACUCGUGGCCCAAGGAAAUGUCAGGCAGUUUAAGCUUCAACACUGGCUAACAAUAUGA